UGAUAAUAUCGCCGAACUAUAUAGUUCAACUUUUUAUGGUUCAAAUUUGUAUUGUUUUUCGAAUUGGUAUUUAUAAAUAACGAUAUUUCUGCCAGGUUUUUCGGUCCAAACUUCUCUUCUGCUGUUUCAAUUAUCAGAGCUACUGAGCGACUAUGUAGUAUGUAUGUACCUAACGUCACCUAAUUAGUAGUUGUUGAUUUGGUAAUUACCAGUAUUAUACAAUUGUUCAUUACACAUAUAAACAAUAAUAUAUUGAAUCUAGGUAUUCAAUUAUUACUACUUUGUAUUGAAUUCAAACCCAUAUUAAAAGGUAAAUACAUUUACAUACCUAUUAUAAAAUAAACAAAAUUCAAACUGUCAUAUCUAAUCAUAGCAUAAUCGUUUUUUUUUUUUUUUUUUUGUCAGGCAAGAUGAAUCUUUUCAAUGAUAGAAAGGUAAAAGAAUACAUUGAUUUGUUGAACGGACAUAGUUUCAUUAAACAUGUGAUGACUUAUUGUCGGUGUAUUGAAAACAAUUUUCCAAAAUAUGCUCAUACGGAUAGUGCGCCUUUCAGUAAAAAUUUGGCUGAAUUAGCUGCCAGACAGGAACCAGAAACCAUAAAAUUGCUUGUAAUGUAUAUAUCAAAUGAAUCUUAUUAUAAUGCGGAUACAAUGACAUUUUUAGUAAGUGAAAUGAUGAACUGUGAGAAUAUUGAUAAAGUUGAUCAAUACUAUAAUGUACUUUACGCAAACUUCAGAAAGCAUCCACCCUGUGCUCUUUAUAUGGCCAAAGAUUAUGAACAAUUAAUGCUCACACGUAAGCAAGAAAAUGCUACAAAAUACUUCAGAGGAAUGUCGCUUUGGGAAUAUCUUAUUGAAUGUUUCUAUCGUAUAACAAGUGGGUCUAUUUUAUAUGGGGAAAAUGGAGCAUUUGAUUUGGCAUUCUACAGGUUUUUUAAAUUUUGUGUGGAAAUUCUACAAACAGAAUAUGAGACAGCUAAACAUUAUGGUACUAGACCCUUGAUAAUGAAGUGUUUAAAUUAUAAUCCUAAAAGACCAACAAGAUUAACAGAAAUUAUUAAACUUUUGGAUAUGUUAUUCAACACUGGAUUCAAUUUUCAAUUGUCUGUUAUUCAACUCGCAAUACUUGUAAAGGAAAUUAAACAGAUUUAAAGAGAUUGAGACAAUAAAUAUGUAUUUUUACUAUUAUUUAUCUAAUUAUUAUGGUUUUUAAUUACAUUUAUUUCUCAUUUGUUGUACUCCUAAACAUUUUUAUUGUAAAAUAUUAAAGUAUCUCAGAAUAUAUUUU